UGUCACUGCUAGGCGGCAGUAGCUGAAAAGGUGAGGUGAUGUCUUCUUGACGUCAUAUCCUGUCUGUUUCUGAAACAAUCAUGGCGGCGGCGGCAGCAGAGAAAUCAACAAAAGAGCGGCUACUUUCUGUGCUGGAUGACUUGGAGGUGUUAUCCCGGGAGCUGAUCGAGAUGUUGGCUCUGUCCAGAAACCAGAAGGUUCCUCAGCCAGGAGAGGACACGCAGAUCCUGGAGCUUCUUGUGCAGAGGGACAAAGAAUUCCAGGAGCUGAUGGAGGUGGCCCAGCAGCAGGGCAAGAUUCACCAGGAGAUGCAGCUGUUGGAGAAGGAGGUGGAGCAGAGAGACAAGGACAUCCAGAAGCUGCAGAAACAGCUGAAGGAGGCAGAGCACAUCCUGGCCACUGCAGUUUACCAGGCCAAGGAGAAACUUGCUUCCAUUGAAAAGGCUAAGAAAGGAAGUGUCUCAUCAGAGGAAAUCAUCAAGUACGCUCACAGAAUCAGCGCCAGUAACGCUGUGUGCGCUCCACUGAACUGGGUUCCAGGAGAUCCACGCCGACCUUAUCCAACCGACCUGGAAAUGCGCAGCGGGAUCCUCGGACACAUGGCAAACCUGCCCAGCAACGGUGUGAACGGACACCUGCCGGGAGACGCUCUGGCUGCUGGACGGUUACCAGACAUCUUGACCCCUCACUACCCCUGGCAGUCCUCGGACGUCUCCGCCGGGAUGCUUCCUCCUCACCACGGCAACGAUUUCAACCUGGAGCCCCCAGGCCACAACAAGGAGAACGAGGACGAUGUGGAGGCCAUGUCAACCGAUUCCUCCAGCAGCAGCAGCGAUUCAGACUGAAAGAUCGCAGUGAACACGUGUUUAAGAACACAAACGACGUAGACCUGUCAGGCUUCUAAAGGCUUUUAGUGUUUGAACUGAUGUUUCCUCUUUUUUGUCAGAUCUAAAAGACGCCAUCAGUUUGAUUGUUUCAUGCCUUUUUAGCUUUUUUGUUUAUGUCAAGCAUCUGUUGCUUUGUUUUGCAUGAAUUACAAACUGUGCAAUUGGAAAAAAACAAAAAUUCUUGGUUUGCUCUUUUGUGGCAGAAACAAAUGCUGCCUUGAUGCAUAAAGUAAAACUAUCAGCUAUUGUGUAAAUAUUUUUUGUAUAUACUUAACAUUGUAAAUAAAUACUUUUGGUUAAAA